ACACACAGUCAUUCACCACAGAACACAGAAACAACGCAAACAACACACAACGACGAUGGAGGAUAACAACCAGAUUGUGGACGUGACGGAGGAGUUUGAGGCUGCAGCGGAAGCAGCACAGGACGACACACAGUUGGACGACAACGACGCCGACAGCACCACCAGCAGCAGUAGCACUGCUAGCAGUGAAGGAGAAGAUGAAGGCGAUGGCGAGGACGAGGAGGAGGAGUUCCAUGUGUCUGAUGACAGUGAGGACGAUGAUGAUGACGGUGAUGACGCGGCGCAAGUGGACGACAAGAACACGGAAGACAUGUUCGUGGAGAUGGACGACGAUGAGUUCCAGACCCGGCUAAAGGAGAGCUUGGCCCUCAAGGAUAAGGGCAACACCCUCUUCAAGGACAAAGACUACAUUGCCGCACUGGACCUGUACACACAAGCCAUUGACAACUGCUGCGUCCGCCGACCUGAAGUGGCCGCCUUCUUCAACAACCGUGCAGCUUGUCACUUCCAACUGGAGGACUAUGAGAACUGCGCACAGGACUGCAGCCAUGCGAUCGAGUUGAAGCCCCCAUAUGUGAAGGCGGUCAGCAGGCGGGCACAGGCCUACGAACAGCUGGAGAAGCUUGAGGACGCGUUGCAAGACUACGAGGAGGUUCUCAAACACGACCCAGGCAACAAGCCCGCAAGACAGGCGGCAAAGCGUCUUCCCGCGCAAAUCAAGGAGCAACAAGAGAAGAUGAAGGAAGAGAUGUUUGCGAAACUGAAGGAUCUCGGCAACAUGUGUCUGCGGCCGUUUGGACUGUCAACAGACAACUUCAAGAUGGUUCAGGACCCGAGCACUGGCUCGUACAGCGUCAACUUUGUGUCAAAUGGUGACAAGUCGUCGUCGUAGUAUCACUGAUCAUCUUGGUGCUGGAGCAUUUGUCAGUGACAUAAAGGCAGCGGGAGCUGCCUUGCACAUACCUGCCAUCAUAUGCUCGGACACACACACACACACACACACACACACACACACACACACACACACACACACACACACACACACACACACACACGCUGGCAGCGGUAUCCUACAUUGGCUGUUCUUUUACUUAUGUGUGGUGGUCGUCUUCCUAGUUAACAUGCAUACAUAGUUUGAGUUACAGA